CCCUCGCAUUGCUGGCAUGAGGAACUGUCCGAUCGGACGUGAGGUUAACAAGGGAUGUCGAAGACGUCAUUUUUGGCAGAAGCUCUGAGAUAUAUAAAAUCAGAAACCUCAGGAAGUGACUUAUUAACUCCCGUGUGGGCACUAUGAAUCACACCCAUCCUCCUGUGCUAAUCGUAGGCGCCGGCCCAGCGGGUCUGGUAGCAGCAUUGACGCUCCUUCAAAAUGGCAUCCCAGUGCGCAUCAUCGAGCAAGACUCCAAGCCUCGCAUCGGACAGCGCGGUCCCGGAAUAUUUCCACGUUCCCUCGAACUCUUCAAUUUCCUGGGUGUUCCAGAUGUCAAUGAUAUGGGGAAACCAUUCCCUUGUAUCCGUGAGUACAAGUUCGGGGUGGCGGAACAUACGCACAAGGAAUUGGAUAUCCCGCGUACACAAAAUACCCCAUCGAUACCAUUCAACGUCCCUAAGUUGAUGGGUCAGCAACUCUUGGAUGUUAUUCUGCGACGCCAUCUGGACAAACUGUCGUGCUCUGUCGAGUUCGGAACCGAGCUGCGCUCGUUCACGCAAUCCGAUGAGGGAGUUGCCGCUGUUCUCGCAAAGAAACAAGGUGACGAUGAAAUAUUAGAGAUAUUUGAUGCCAAGUGGAUGAUCGGUGCCGAUGGUGGCAAAAGUACAGUACGGAAACAACUUGGUGUCAUGUUCCCGGGAGAAUCUAUGGCUGGGUUUCGGGUCGUCACCGGAGAUAUUUGUUUAGCAGGCCCUGGUCUUGAUAGAACGUAUUGGCACCGAUUUGGAGAUUUGAAUGACAAAUGCGUCUCCUUGCGACCAACAGACGAAGUUGGAGAGGAUGGCUGGCACUUUUUUAUCUUGGGACGUGACAUAGACAUGACAAAGCUCGCGCAAAACGAAGAACUUAUUUUCGAGACCAUCGCAUUGCUGAUUCCUAUGGAAAUUACGUUCAACAAGAUAGUUUGCGCGUCCGAAUACCGGGCUAAUGUCCGCAUGGUGGAUAAGUUUAGCGAUGGGCGAGUCUUUCUUGCGGGCGACGCUGCCCAUGUCCACAGUCCAACCGGUGGUCAGGGACUCAAUUCAAGUGUGCAAGAUGCCUUCAAUCUGUCUUGGAAACUUGCUCUCGUUGAAAAAGGACUUGCCGACAAGACGCUUCUCGAGACAUACAAUGAAGAGCGUCUCCCUGUCAUUACCGAGAUGCUCGAGGUGACCACCUCGAUCCUAAAGCGUGCAAUGACGGCAGGAGGCAAGGACGCCUGGCGUACUACUCUCCUUUACAUGCUCGGCAUUCAUUGCCGCUUCAGCAGCAUCGUCCUCGACGAGUUUUCCACGUCAGUCGAGGGGAAACCUAUCAACAUCUACAGGAUACUUGACGAGAUGGAGCUUGAGGCUGGGGACAGAGCCCCUGAUGCACCCAAGCUACUCCAUGUCCAGCCUGGAGAAUCUGACUUAAUGACGCUUUUCAGUCUUUACAGACCCUGGCGUCACACAGUCGUUGUUUUUGUGCCAAGUCCCACAGAUGCUACUCCAAUCUUGGCCGCACUAGAGCCAUAUGACAAACAUAUUGUGCAGUCAGCAGUCAUCCUACCCUCAUCAGCACCAGCAACACCCGUCGCAUCUCCUGCCGACUUCGUUCUUCUUGAUCAGGGCGACCAUGCUUUUUCCGCUUACCUCGUCGAAGCUACUCAAACCAGAGUCUUUGUGAUACGGCCAGAUGGUGUGAUUGGCGCAAUUGUUCAUGGUGCAGAGGGGGUGAAGAAAUAUUUCUCCAGAAUCUUCCAUGAUAUAUAGAAUGACUCGAGUCCAUCCAUUCCUUGUUCAAUUGCAACUCAUGUAUCUUCUUCAGUGACGCACACUCGACAAGCAAAUCACGCAAAUAUAUUCAAAUAGUCAUUUGUAUCCGCACCCGUCUUCCUGAUUAUAUCAAGGCUCCCUCCAGCACUCAGAGGAUGUGUCCCCAGUAGUUCCGUCCAAGUCAGGACAAAUGAGCGAUCUAUACCAACCUCUGGCCUUGAAGCUGGCCGUCGUCAUACUGCUGGGAAUACGAAGUCCCUUCCUUAGCAGCCGAUAACGACGAAAGGCCAAUGCGCCACAGUAAAGAAUCUACUAAAGAUAAGUCG